GACAACGGUCCAAUGCGAAAGCGAGCGCGUUCGCAUGCGCCUACCUACAGCACGCAGGACUUUUGCCUUUUCUGUCCAUUUCCGGCCUGCUCUACCCUCUCAUAGUACUCAUCUGUACCACAGUACUUGGUACUGAUCGGGCAUCGGACAUAUCACAAGGAUCUUGCGGUGUCCACAAAGCUUUGCUUACAUUUACGUUUACUUUGAUCCUCCAUACCCGCGUUGUAUGUGGCUUUGUCAAUAAGUAGGCUGCCCGCCGCCUACUUGCCACCCACUCCCUUCGCCGUCGCCUCGGCCGCACCCACUGGCGGUCAGUCCAUGCUGGCUCGCAGAAGAGCAGCCACAGAACAAUCGCCGUCGGAUUCAGAACAACCACCGCAGCGCGCCAAUAGGAUGGCACCUUUCUUUCCUCUCGGCUACAAGGAUGCCGUAUAUCAAUGGUGGACAAGCGUGACACCGUCAGCAGCAGAACGGAAUGUUAUUGCACAUAUUCCAUACCUUAAAGAAGCUGUGGCCCGGUCUACCGCGCCGCUAGCAGACGUGCCCUCCGCCGACCACCCUGGAGCCACAACAACGUCUUCCGACAUUGAUCCUUAUGGGCCCAGAGUGUGGAGGUCGCAGAUGGUCAAACUGUCCGGUAAGAACCGAGGCCUGAACGAGUUCUCGGUUGAAAGAGUGGGUGAAGAGGUAGACGACAAUCUGGUUAUGCUACAUGGCUAUGGAGCAGGCCUCGGUUUUUACUACAAGAAUUUUGAAAACCUGACGCGGAACAAGGGCUGGAAGCUGUACGCACUCGACAUGCUAGGUAUGGGCAACUCGGAGCGACCGCCUUUCAAGAUACACGCCAAAGACCCAGAGGGCAAGAUCACGGAAGCCGAAAGCUGGUUUGUCGAUGCGCUCGAGGAAUGGCGGAAGAUCCGGAAGCUCGAGAAGUUCACUCUUCUCGGCCACUCGCUAGGCGGCUACCUGGCCGUUUCGUAUGCUCUGAAGUACCCAGGUCGUCUCAACAAGCUCAUUCUGGCGUCUCCUGUUGGUAUUCCAGAGGACCCAUAUGCCGUAAAUGCCGACAUGCCAGAGCCACCUGAGUCAUCGUUUCAGGACGAGUUCACCCAAGACCAGCAAGAGACUACCAUGCACACAGACAACAACAAACUCUCGGGUGCAAAGAGCAAAACAGAAAAGGCCGGUGCUAACCAACCGAAGAAGCGACCGUAUCCCGGCUGGCUUGUCUGGCUCUGGGACGCCAAUGUGUCACCGUUUAGUAUCGUGCGUCUGACAGGUCCCUUUGGUCCCAGGUUUGUCUCGGGCUGGACAACCCGUCGCUUCAACCACCUGCCGUCGGAAGAAGCAAAGACUUUGCACGAAUAUGCCUACAGCUUAUUCCGUCAAAGGGGCAGCGGCGAAUACGUGCUGCCCUACCUCCUCGCACCUGGUGCCUUCGCUCGCAGACCGGUCAUCAACCGGAUCCAAAACGUCGGUCGCCAGGUCAUCACACCUGCCACCGAUUCUGAGCCGGCAGUGAAGGAGACCGGAUACCCUAUUGUCUUCAUGUACGGCGAGAACGACUGGAUGGAUGUUGCCGGCGGCCUGGCCUCAGAGGAGAAGCUCAAGCAGGUUAAGGCUCAGGCGCUACGUGAUGCUACAGAAGAAGAGAAAAGGAGAGAGAACGGCUCUGCGAAAGUGGUCAUCAUCCAGAAAGCCGGCCAUCAUCUCUACCUAGAUAAUCCAGACGAUUUCAAUGAGGUCAUGCGCAAGGAGUUGGAGGAGACGAGGUCACACACUCUCAGGGAGCGGGGGCAGAAUUGAUGAGAAGGCGAGCCAAGAUCAUAAAGGCUGUGUAAUUAUUGGUGGCGUGUUUAGUGUUAUGUUUUGUUUUAUAGAGGCUCAUACGGGAGCUUGGGAAAGAGCAUGGUGUCAGGAAUAUAUUGUACCUUUAGAGGCACAGGUACUUGGUAUGGAACAGGGUUCACCUGCAUACUUAGAGAAGAAGAAGAAGAUUAUAAUAUGCGCUCAUGUUUUUUAGGGCUCAAUUAAGCUGGAUUGGCACUUCAGAAUUACAAGUACAUUGUUAACA